AAAUAAGUUCAAGCUUGUGCUGCUUACUCUCGAGGUUGUUUUCCUUUAGCUAUAAUUAUCUCUCGUCUCAGAAAUAUUAAUGACAGAGCUACAAUUACAUACACAAUCUUGGUAGAUAAAACGGAGUUAACAUUUUAUUCGACACAUAAGGAUAUGCUAUCUGACUUUGGAACGUAAAUACAAAGUCAAAACCGUGUGGACAACAAACCGACUCGUUGUCAACCAGCUAAACCGGAGUCAUCACCACAAAUCUCCACUCCGUGUUCAUUCUCACUUUCUCUUCCAUUUCGUCUGUAGUCGGCCUUUACAUUCUGUCACCAAGUUCAGUCCGUGGUUUCGCCAGGAGAGGAUGAACUGGCUUUUCCCCCUGUCCAAAGGCUCCGGAUCUCUCCCUCUGAACAGCCUACAGCAACAAAGACAGCGGCAGAUCGAGUCACUCAAAGCCGCUCAUCCCAGCCUCGCAGAGAUCCAGAAAGAUGUGGAGUACAGAAUACCAUUCACAGUCAACAACUCCACCAUUAGUGUUAACAUUCUGUUGCCUCCUCAGUUCCCCCAGGAGAAGCCGGUGGUUAGUGUCUACCCCCCUGUUGGUCAUCAUUUAGUCGACGGCAAUAAUGGCACCAUUAUCACUAGCCCUCUCAUUACUAAUUUUGGGAUGCACUCCGAUCUGGGUAAGGUCAUUCAGAGUCUGUUGGACGAGUUCUGGAAAAGUCCUCCUGCCUUGAUGUCAACCGGCCCUGCUGGCUUUCCAUAUAUGUACAAGUCGUCAGGCUUGGCUCCUUACCCCACUCAGGCUUACCACUACGGCCCUCGCCACGUGGGCCCAGGUCACACUCCGCCUCCUGGGCCAGGCCCAGCUCCAGCUCUCAUGCCUCACCCAGGGGCCGAUGGUGCCCAUGGGCCCCCUCGAGCUCCAGCCCCAUACGGAGUGAUUUCUGACCUGCCACUGCCUGUUCCUACUGGAGACUCACAGGCUGGACUGAACGGACACAUGUACAAGAUGCCUGAGAUUCCUGAGUCUUUUCCUGAACUCUGUGACUUGAAUCUGGCCCAGUUGUCCAACAUGUCUGAAAACGAGGAUUUGUUACUGGAGUUCUUUGUGAGUUUGCCACAACUGAAACAGGUCACCAGUGAUAAAGAAGAGCUGAUCACCAAUAUAGUCGAUGUGGCUAAGAAAAAUCUUCAGAUGGAGCCACAGCUGGAAGGAAAAAGACAAGAAAUGCUCUACAAGUAUGAACAGCUGACUCAAAUGAAGUCGGCCUUUGAGACAAGGAUGCAGAGACAGCAUGAGCUCAGUGAGAGUUGCAGUCUUAGUACUCUCCAGGCUCGGUUAAAAGUUGCAGCCCACCAGGCUGAGGAGGAGUCUGAGGAGACGGCUGAAAACUUCCUGGAGGGACGCACAGACAUAGACGAAUUCCUGACCAGCUUCAUGGAGAAGAGAACGCUUUGCCACAGCAGAAGGGCCAAAGAGGAAAAGUUGCAACAGUCCAUCAACACACAUGGACCGUUUCCUACCAGCCACUAGAACACAAGGUUUGGUGUUUUCUCAGCCAACUGCUGCCAACUUAAAGGAUAAAGACUUUUGAGGGGACGAAAAGCACACUGAGUCAACAAUGGGCACUUUAGAGAAAUAGGAAGACGCUGAUUGCAAUGGUGGAAGGAGCCCACUGUGCCCAGAUCUGGGCUAAAAAAUACUGUUGAAGUUGGAUUGCGUGAGAGCAAGCUAGGUAAGCUAUUGAGUUACUACAAGAGGCCAAAACUGGAAGGAUUGACCCAUGCCUAGCUUUUACAACUACGUUACUAAGGAUUGAUCACAUUUUGGAUCAUUUCUAUUGCAUAUGCUGUUUGUCCAGUUUUGACUUGACAGUGAUGACAAAAAGUUGUGUUUCUUUCCUAUAUUUAUGUCACGUUGCUCAAUCAGAGCAACACCUGCACCUGAUCAGAGUUAUUAGUGACACAUUUGAAAGAAAAUACAAAUUGUUUAGGACAGGACUCCCAAUCUUACAUUUUAUUUCAUGCGGUGAGCAAGUAAAUGUCACUAUAAAAGAAGUGUUAAAAAAUGCUAAUGUGUCUGUAUUUCCCGUCUCUGAGAUCAUUGUCAAGUCCUUGCUUUAUUAUCCCAGAAAGGCCCUACCGGACAGACAGAAGACAAACAUUUACACUGCAAAGCUGCUGUUUACAUUGAAUUGGUUGUUCUAUACCAGUGGUUCCCAACCUUUUUUCCUUGGCGCCCCCCCCUACUCAUGUCUAAGAAAAGCUGA